AUGUUUGAUUUCCAAGCCUGUUGCGGGGGCGCGAGAACGGGGAAGAAGAAAAAAGCAUCCGAUGAUGAUGAUGAUGAUGCUGACGGUGAUGAUGAAAAUGAAUGCAAAAAGAAGAAGAGGAUGCCAGAGCUGACCAUAUACGGAUUAGAGAAAAUCGAAGAGAGCAACGAAGAAGAAGGCGAAGAAGAAGAAGAAGAGUCCGAUGAAGAAGACGAGCUUGAGGAGGAAAAGAAAGACGACAGCGCGAAAGAGUCCGAAGAAGAUGAAGAUGAUGAUAAAUCCACCCCUGGGCUUCGUCUUUCUCCAAAAAUUCUCGUUGAGAAGAAGAAAACGAGCAGUAGUCUAGUCGCGCAAACGCGAGCGGCGAAAGCAGCCGCCGCAGUAGCAGCACAAUCAACAACAACAGAAAUACAACCGACGAAAACGAGAAAUAAGAAAGAGAAGAGAGAGUUUCGUAAAAAAAUGGCCGAGGAGAAAGCCGAGCAGCAACUGGAACGCCGAGCGAAGAAGCGAGGGAACGACGGCGGGCAAGGGAAAAGGAAAGGGUCGAAGAGCAAGAAGGCGUUUUUGCAAUCGAACUUUAAGCCGACGUUGGCGUUGUAA